UGCAGUGAGACAUAUCUUAUUGUUUGGUCUCCCUACUGGAAUGUCCACAUCACAGACCGCUGUGUGAGAGCUGAGAGACAGAGAGAGUACGGCAACAUAAUGAGCUUCAAUCACUGAGGCUGCCACCGGACAGACCUAUGGAACAGACUGAAGUUGCUCAUUGACCAGGAAAAGGCUUAUCAGGAAAGGAAAGAGGAGGAGAACAACAAGAAGGUCACCAGCCUAAAGGAAGAGCUGACCAAGCUGAAGUCGUUUGCGUUGAUGGUCGUGGACGAGCAGCAGCGCCUCACAGAGCAAUUGACCCAACAGACUGCUAAGGUCCAAGAACUGACCGCGAGCGCCUCCCACACCCAGGAAGAGCUGAGCUCUGCUAGUGCAAAGGUGCAAGAGGGGGAGGAGAAAGUUUUUCGCUUGGAGACAGAGCUAGGCGACCAAGCCAGUCGCUUUCACCAGGAACAGGAGACCAUGACAGCCAAACUGACCAGCGAGGAUGCCCAGAACCGGCAGCUCAAGCAGAAACUAUCCACACUCAGCCGGCAGCUGGAUGAACUGGAGGAGACCAACAAGACCCUCCGGAGGGCCGAGGACGAGCUCCAGGAGCUGAGGGACAAGAUCAGCCGCGGGGAAUGUGGCAACUCCAGCCUCAUGGAUGAGGUGGAGGAGUUACGGAAAAGGGUUCUGGAGAUGGAGGGGAAGGACGAGGAGUUGGUCCGAAUGGAGGACCAGUGCAGGGACCUCAACAAGAAGCUGGAGAAGGAAGCCAGCCAAAGCCGUAGCCUGAAGGCUGAUGUGGACAAGCUGAACCACAGGAUCAUGGAGCUGGAGAAACUAGAGGAUGCGUUCGGCAAGAGCAAACAGGAGUGCAACGCGCUAAAGUGCAAUCUGGACAAAGAGAGGACAGUGUCAAAGGUUCUGUCCAGAGAGAUGGACAUCCUGAAAGCGAGGGUCAAAGAACUGGAGGUCGUGGAGGGUCAGCUGGAGAAGACAGAGCUUACACUAAAGGAAGACCUCACCAAGCUGAAGACGCUGACGGUCAUGCUGGUGGAUGAAAGGAAGACCAUGGCUGAGAAACUGAAAGCGAUGGAGGACAAGGUCCAUAACAGCACUGGCAAACUGCAAGCUGAGCAGGACAAAGUCACAACAGUAACAGAGAAGCUUAUCGAGGAGAGCAAGAAAGCCCUAAGGUCGAAUGCUGAGCUUGAGGAGAAAAUGUGUGGCGCCACCAAGGACAGGGAUGAACUCAAGGCCAAGCUCCAAGCCGAGGAGGAAAAGAGCAAUGACCUGCAGUCCAAAGUUACCAUGAUGAAGAAGAGGUUGCAGUCACUGGAAGCUGCAGAGAGGGAAUUCCUGAGGAACAAAGCCAAAGAGGAAAACAUCAAGGCGCCCAUCGCCAACCGCUCCCAACAAGAGGACUACAAAGUCAAAGACCUUACACAGGAAGUUGAGCGCCUGAGGCGAAAACUUAAAGAUAUGAAGGUUGUCGAAGACGACUUGUUGAAGACUGAGGAUGAGUUUGAGUCAAUGGAGAAGAGAUACUCCAGGGAACAAGAGCGAGCAACGGCCUUGAUGGAGGAGUUGGAAAUAUCCAGGAACGAGCUCUUAAAGUACCAACUGGCAGAGAAGCAAGAGUCUAACCAGGAGCACAUCCUCUACAAGCGUCUGAAAGAGGAAGAGGCCAAGUCCAGUCAUCUGACCCGAGAGGUGGCAGCCCUAAAAGAGAAGAUCCAUGAAUAUAUGGGCACAGAGGAAAACAUCUGUCGCAUGAAAAACGACCACUCCACCUUGCAAAGAAAACUGACUCUGCAAGAGGUGAAAAAUAAAGAACUGGCCAGAGAGAUGGAGACCCUCAAUCGGGAGCUGGAGCGAUACCGUCGCUUCAGCAAAAGUCUCCGCCCAGGCAUGAACGGCAGACGUUUCUCAGACUUACAGGUGUGCACCAAGGAGGUACAGACAGAUCCAGCAGACCACCUUCGACCCAACUACAAGAGCAUCGCCCCACUGGAGCGGGCCGUGGUGAACGGAAAACUGUACGAAGAGAGUGACUCUGAGGACGAUCCAAACUACAACAAUGAGCUGCCCCUCGCCCAAUGUAACCCCUCCCUCUUCAACAAUGUCAACAACCUCAACAACAACAUCAGGAGAGUCCCCUUUCUCAAAACCAAAGAAAGCCACAACCCAGUCAAUGGGAAAGUGCAGGUUCCCAGACAGAAUGGGAACCAUGUGCAGCAAGGAGACGUGUUUCUGACACACAGCCCCGGGCAACCACUGCACAUCAAGGUAACCCCAGACCACGGGCAUAACAUGGCCAUGCUAGAAAUCACCAGCCCCACCGCAGAAAACACCCAGUCAUACACAAGCACUGCAGUCAUCCCCACAAGCGGAGGUCCACCCAAACAAAGAAUCACCAUAAUUCAGAACGCAUCCAUCUCCCCGACUACCAGAAACAAAGGUCAAAGGUCCCCCUCGUCAGAUGGUUCCCCCUGCACUCCUGAUCGAGCCAUAUCUCCCUUCACCAUGGCCACCUACUCUAGAGCGAUGACCCCAGACUCCUCUGGGUCGGUCACUCCAGACAGGGCUAUGUCACCCAUCCAGAUCGUGUCGGUCACAACAGGCACUCCUGACCGGUCCCUGUCCACGGAGCCAGUAGAGGUCAUGGGAGGUCAUGCAGUCUUCAGGGUGACACCAGAGAGGCAGAGCAGCUGGCAGGUUCAGAGGUCCAACAGCUCCGGCCCCAACGUCAUCACCACAGAGGACAACAAAAUCCACAUUCACUUAGGGAGCCCCUUUAUUCAGAGCUUAAACACUACACCCCAGCCUGUGAGCCCAUGCUACUCACCUGGGCAGGAGCAGAGAACUCCUGUGUUAUCCAAUGGUACCCCUGUCAAAGGCAACAGCAAAAUCACAAGUAGCAUCACUAUAAAGCCAACAUCCACCCCAAACAAAAGGCCUUCACAAAUUACAGUAAGUAAUGCCUAUGAUUGACUGAUUCCCCAUCCCAAGAGACCUCACCCCAUUAGUAAACCCUAGUUUGUCCACCACCCAUUACCACCACCUAUCCCAACCUCCUCAAUCCCUAGUCAUCCGAUCUUGAUCCAUCCACCUCCAUUUUUCUGUAUGAAGAGAGGCCGACCUAACCACUUCUCUGUUUGUGUUUGGGGUUUGUUUGUUUGGUUCUGUUUGGAAAGAUGUUUGCAUGCAUGAAUUGUCAUUCAAAUACAAAACAAAACAAUAACCCUUUGAAGGCACUUGUAGUAAGAAACUUUUACUGAACACCGGGGUAACUUUACUGUAUAUGCUAUUUGGUAAAUAUACCAUGUACUAAGACUAUUCACUGAUGGACCGUUUCAAUUGUGUUUAAACUUCAUAUUACACAACUUGCAUUAUGUUUAAGCUGAUUUAUUUUCUAAAUAUUAAAGUGAGCAAAAGUUA